UUUUUUUUUUUUUUUUUUUUUUCCGGGGAAGAAGCAUAACCCUCGCCGAUAUCCAUAACCACUGUGAUCCUCUCCCCGCCGCUUCGAGAGCCGAGAUUCCUCAAUCACCCGAAGAUGGGUUCCAUAGUUCUACCUCAUCUGAAUACGGGCUGGCAUGUCGACCAAGCCAUCCUUUCGGAGACGGAGCGUGUUGUCGCAAUUCGUUUCGGGCGCGAUCACGACCCUGAGUGUAUGCGACAAGACGAAGUUCUAUAUCGUAUCGCAGACAAGGUAAAGAAUUUCUGUGUCAUCUACGUCUGCGAUAUCGACCAAGUCCCCGAUUUUAAUCAGAUGUACGAGUUGUAUGACCCCUGCACUAUCAUGUUUUUCUACCGGAACAAGCACAUGCUAUGCGAUUUAGGCACGGGAAAUAACAACAAGCUCAACUUUGUCUUAGAAGACAAACAAGAGCUGAUCGAUAUCGUCGAAACGGUCUACAAAGGCGCUAAGAAGGGUCGCGGUCUAGUCGUCAGCCCCAAGGACUACUCUACUCGCUACCGAUACUAGUUCCGCGACGAAAAAUGCCUUUUCCCACGCCACAUUACGAAGCUUUUUUUCCCCUUCUAAUCCACUUCUCGCGCGCGAAAUAAGGUAGUUGGUCGUUGAGGGUAUUCGAGUAUAGUUGGGAAAUGCUUAUGAAUUAACUGGCACACUUCUUUUAUUGCUGAUGUAAGUUGAUGCGGUACAUCGUGAUACUAACAUGGGCGGGGUGAAUUCGAUAAGAAAUGCCUGGAGAUUCAUCAAGUAUAAUGUCCUUUUCUAGAAUGCUACUGAAGAUUAAGAUAUAUCUCGAGUACCUAUAUAUUUAAUUAUUGAAGUAAGUGCUGUAUGCUUGAAUACGUGUAUGUGGAGGCGCAGUUGAUUGUGAAUAUUUUAGAGGUUAAAAAAUACGAUGGAUGGCGUUGGCGAUGGCGUUGACGAUGUUGGUAUGAUCUGCUUCAGCUGCUUUUGACUUUGUACAUACAUAUGUACAGUUCUGCAACACAAUUCGGAUACUGUAUGUACCUAGGUAUGUAUUCAGGUAAUAUACAGCAGUCAACGAGCAAGGUAUACGUAACGUGGAAGCUGGUGUGGUAUUGAAAAUGCCAAAAUUAGUAUAGCGAAAAGUAUGAGAUCCACACAAAGAUGCCCUUCUAUCCUUGUAGGUCCAUGGAAUCUCAU